UCAAGUAUGCUGUAUAUUUGCAUUUUACCCUUAAUACGACUUUCAAAUCUGACAACUCCUCUCAUUUUUACAAUGCAUAAGUCAGUUAUGACCAUGGUUGUCACGCCGGCCGACGUGCCACUGGUUGAACCUGGUUCAACCUAUACCGGUCAUAAAACCGGUAUGACACCACCGGUAUGAUCGGCAUGAUAGAUAUACGAAUCUCUAAGUAAAAUGAUCUUAUAUUAGUGAAUUUAUUUGAUAAAAAGUAAUUUAUUAUUUAUUUUAUGUGUUAAAAAGUUAAAUGUUGAUGUUAUUUGUUGGAUUCAAGUACAAAUAUUUAGGUAUUGACGUUAAAUGUCGUGUUUAAAUAUGAGUAUUUGUAAAUUAUUUGUAAUAUGAACCGGCAUGAAUCGGCACAAACCGGUAUGUACCACCGGUCGAACCAUUCCACUUGCUAAACCGGCACACUGGCACAAACCGGUUUGACAACCUUGGUUAUGACUCAAUCAAGACCUAUAUUAAUUUAUGAGUUGUGAGUCAUCAACGACAUGGUUACUACAACAUGGAUUUAUGUUUACGGUUUAUCCCAUCAAAAAUUUAUUUUGAUAAAGUUUCUAAGGAAAGAACUAAAAAUGGGUUUAAAGUUCUUAGCACAGUGACCUAUUUAUCCAGACAACAUAUUACAGUGACUGAAUCUGCUAUUGACUGAUUAGCCACGGUGGAUUCCAUUAAUUUCCUAACAAAUGUGAUAACUGAUAAGUCAUCUCCCUCAACAAGCCACACGCCCACUAGUGUACAACUCCCUGGCCCUCUGAAUCUUUUCCUUUCUUUCUUCUUUCAUUCUCCAGCUGGCUCAGUCAUCAGUCCGAUUCUCUGAGUAAACAGAGAGAUAGAUCGGAGAGAAAGAUGACGGCAAUGAGUUAUUUCCUCGAAUCAGUGCUUCCAUUUUCAGUCAUGGUUGGUCUCGAGCUCAUCAGCGUUGGGCUAAACACCCUGUUCAAAGCUGCGACGUUGCAGGGCAUGAGCUACCAUGUCUUCGUCGUCUACGACUACGCUACCGCCGCCCUCGUACUCCUCCCAGCUGUUUACAUCUCUCGCAGAUCCACAAGUGCUCUUCCUCCUUUGACUUCUCGCAUGAUAUGGAAAAUUUGUCUUCUUGGGCUCAUUGGGGGAGCAUCUAAGAUGAUGGGUUACACAGGGAUCAAUUUCAGUUCACCAACACUGUCUUCAGCCUUAAGCAACCUCACUCCAGCUUUUACAUUCAUAUUUGCCGUCAUGUUCAGAAUGGAAAAGGUUACAAUGAGAAGAAGAUCAAGCCAGGCCAAAAUUGUGGGCACCAUAGCUGCAAUCACAGGUGCAUUUGUUAUAACCUUCUACAAAGGUCCUCCAAUUUCCUUUGCCACCACUACACCACCAUCAUCAGUUCUUUCUCAACUUGAUCAACAACCUUUUCAAGUCUCGUCAUCGACAACCCCGAAUUGGAUUCUUGGUUCCGUUUUUCUGACCAUUCAAUACAUACUAAUUCCACUCUGGUGUGUUGUUCUGACUCAGAUAAUGGAGGAAUACCCUGCAGAACUCACGGUAACCUUUCUAUACGACUUGGUAGUAUGCAUCUUUGCAGCAGUUGUUGCUUUGAUUGCUGAAGGAACAUCAUCGAGCGCUUGGUUGCUUGGAUCGAGGAUUGCAUUUGCCUCGGUGUUAUGCUCGGGAGUGUUCGGAUCAUGUAUAAGCAAUGCUAUUGAUGCAUGGGCACUAAGGGUCAAGGGGCCUCUAUUUGUGGCAAUGUUCAGUCCAUUUUCCAUGGUGAUUGCUGUUGUCAUGGGGGUGGUGUUUCUGGGGGAUCCACUGCUUCUUGGAAGCUUAAUUGGAGCAACGAUCAUAUCCGCCGGGUUCUACAUGUUGAUGUGGGGAAAGGCAAAAGAGGUCGAUAAUAGUGAGACCAAAUUAGAAGAUCAGUGUCACAAUAGCAGCAGCCUGCAGGCACCCCACUCUGGAGAGGAUGUUCAUGCCCCUUUGCUGCAAAGCUACAAAACUGAACAAGUAUAACAUGAAUGCAUGUGCAUGAAAUCUAAAUCUUGGAACUUGUAUAAUGUACAGUUUGGUUCAAGUAAUCUCUUAAGAGUUAAGAACCAUUAACGAAUCAUGAAACCUGGGCUGUUCAAAUUCAGCUUCCAUUUGUAUAAUUGUAUCCCUCUGCAUAUGUAAAAGAGUGAGAGCAGCAGAAAGGUAUCUGUUUUACUGUAAUCUGUCGAGUGAAAUGAAAGAAACCUACUAACUUCGUUAUUGUAAAAUGGUGAUGUUUCUUGUCAGAAUUUGUGACAAAAUAUUAUUUGCAUUACAUUUAUGCUCAUUUUCUACCUUUUGUGCAAGUUUACUGAUAAAUUAUGCAACUCAUCAAGCUGUAUUCAUAUACUUAAUAUAUUUUGGGGCUAAUACCACUACAACACCCAAACUAUGACGAAAAUGUCACUUGUAUCAUAUUCUUUUCAAUAUUCCAUUCAUAUCCUGAACUAUUAUAUUUUGUGUCAUUUGUAUCCUGCCAAUUUCGUUGACCGUUAAAGAUAACAGUUGACCAAACGGCGGUCAACUUAACAUUGACUUUUGCUGACGUGGCGGUGCCAAGUCAUUGACACCUCACAUUUUUAAUUUAUAUUAUAUAAAACUUUGAAAAUAAAAAAUUGAAAAUCCUUUAAAUUCAAGAAUAUUACUAAAUAAUAUUCUAAAACCCCAAAAUUCAAAUAAUAAAAAAUCUCCAUUGAUUUCGUCGAUUGUCCCUCUACUAUCUGCUUGGUGCUUUCCCGUCGAUACUCCAAUCGCUGAGCUUGAGGAGCGGAGGAGCUUCGCCAUCCAUGGGUUAGGAUCUCUUCGGAUCUGAAGGUUGUUGCGGUGGUAGAGGAGAGACGAUUCCCCUCCCCAACCUUCGAUUCCCCUCCCCACGACCUUCGGUUCCUCUCAGAUUCACCGGGUAAAGGUAGCAUUCAGGGACUUUGUACAGGACAAGCUCGACGCCAUUGCUUCGCCACCGCGCCCGUGUUCCCAGUGACGGCGCUGAACUCCGCCAGCACCACCGUCCCCCUAGCAACCACCGCGUACUCUCUCUCUCCUCUGAAUCAAAACUUCCGCUCCCUUCGUGCGUCUUCACUUUGAACUAAUUCAUAGGAGGUGGCACGGAUUCCAGUUCCCAAUUGGAAAUUGGGAUUUGUAAGUUUUGUUUGUUGAAUUGGAAUCGGGAUUAGGAAUUUAAGCUUACAAAUAAUGGAGUACCGGCAGGCCAACAAAAGCUUACGGCCAGCGGGAAGGGGUUAAGGGAUGGCCUCUCUCUCUCUCAUCCCCUCCUCUGCUCCACCAUGGUUGCGCUGCAGAUCUGGCCGGCGGGGGGAGAGCAAUGAGGGAGAUGAAGUUUUUUAUUUUUAUUGUUGGUGUUUUAUAGUUCUGUUUUUGUAAGAUUGUUUAAUUUUAUAUUUGGCAAAAAAAAAAGAUUGUUUUUUUUAUUUUUUUAUUAAAUGAAUUAAAAUUCCACGUCAUGUGCCACAUCAAUGCUGACUGGACUUUUUGUUAAAAACUAACGGUCAAAACGAGUCAACUUUAACAGAAAAAUAGUUCAGGACAUAAAUGGAAUUUUGAAUAAAUCGGGAUACAAGUGGCAUUUUUGCGAUAGUUCGGGUGUUGUAGUGGUAUUAGCCCUAUAUUUUGUCAUGAAAUUCUAUUUACCAAUCAACCAAUAGUUUCACGAAAUCUCAUCCAUCAAUCAUAAACCCCAUCAGCCAUACCUAAUUAUGUGAUUGUUGCGGAAUCAAAGAUUUUAAUCAUAUAAAUCACAAUUCUGUAUUGUUUUAAUUCAAAAAGACAUACCAAAUUAUUUUGCACACAACUUAUACCACUGACUAGAUAUUUGCCUAGAAAAUGUGUAUGUCCAAUUACCACAUGUCACGUAGCGAUUUUGAUGUGAACUAUAUGAGUAGAACUCUUUGUUUCAAGAUCAAAUAUAAAGAUGUGAAUAAAUUCAUGUUUAAUAG